UUUCUCAGCAAAAUGAAGUGCGCUUUAAUAACAUUCAAUAUUAUCCAUUAUGAAAUGAAGUAGCUACUUAUGUUGACCCCCCUUCGCACGCGCGCGGGCACACACACUCCACGAGACCUCAUUAGCAGGUCAAAUAAGUCGCUCAAACUUGCUUGCUUUGGUAAAUUAACGCUCACUCAGAUGAGGGAGAUGUCCGGCUAUUGGCCCAGAGUUAUAGGGCACGUCAUCCCCAUCCAUCACCGAUCGAAUGUUUCUACAAGGCAUAUCCCUGUCUAGAUCGGUGCCUCUGUCCUUUUGCGAGCUAUGUGUGUCGUCUGUGGAUGGAGCUUCUGUCGCGAACAUCUUAGGACAAAAAUCUGGAAUAUAUGAGAUGCAAUCAUGAAUUCUUAUGAAGGGUUCAGGGACACAACGUCACUCUUCAUAAAGGGCUAUCAUGCUACUGGAGUUAUGCGUCUGCAUCAGGACCACGGAGCUACUACUGACUUCCUCAGCAGAGAGGAGGGACGUGUCAACACCGAGGCGGAUUUUCUUCGGUAUCGUUUCAGGAAUCUCAGUGCCACGGCCACAGGCGCGUGUUCAAAGCUCUGUGAGGACCCUGGCCGUGCUAACUCGACCAGACCCCCCUUCCCCCAUAAUCAAGAUUUCUAUAGACCAGUGCACCCCAUCCGACCCCAAGUCCCCUCCUUCCAAAGCUGCAGUGAGCAGGGUCUUUCCAGAACGGGCUUCUCGCCUUCCUCAGACACUUUAAGAACUUUCUCCGGCGCGCGCUGUGAGCUCGGCCCUGUCAACAACACGCACCUCGAUGUGCACACAUGCGACGGCCCAGUGCUUCACACAGCACUCGAGGACAAUAAUACCAGACAUGAGGCUCUAAAUACGUUAAAUGAGACACUGCAAAGUGGAAAGACUUUCAAUUGGAUGAGAGUGAGGAGAAAUCAGUCCCGUACAGCUAAGAUAUAUCUGGACCCUGAGCUGAAGACUGACCACGGACGAGAUCCUGACGAGGAGCCCUCGACUGGAGCACCACGAGCAAAUUUUACGACCAAACAACUCACAGAACUGGAAAAGGAGUUUCAUUUCAACAAAUACCUGACUCGAGCUAGACGGCAGGAGAUCGCAAACACUCUCCAGCUGAGCGAAACACAAGUGAAGAUCUGGUUUCAAAACAGACGCAUGAAACAGAAGAAAAUGCUGCGGGAAGGCCUAUUUCCGGGAUUAAUGCUGAUUUCUGGGUGUGAUGAGGACUCGAAAGAAACAGACACUUUUCUGCUGACAAAAGAUCAUUUCUAGUAGGGUAAGAUUGUUGGGACGGCUGCUAUAGGCUACACAGAAAUCUAAACGAUCACGUGAAUAUCAUGCGUUAUAACGAGAGAGUGAGCUAUGAUUUAUGAAUGUUGCCAGCCAUUAAUGUUGCCACUAAACAUAAAUAUUUCUUUAUCGAUCCAAUUGUUUAAGAAAAUGAAGCAGUUAUUUGCUAUGAUAAAAAAGGAGUUUGCUCACCUGUUGAAGCAAGCGGAUAUAUUUAAAAUGAACUUUAUAGUUACUAUGUCUUAAUGUAAAAUAAAAUAAUUUUGUAUAUGUUGUUUUUUUUUCAAUCUGAAUCUUCUUCUGUUAUUAAGUAUCAGAAAAGUAAACGUUUAUAUUAAUAGAAAUAAUCAGAAAAAAAGGGAAAAAGUGUCAUGACAAGUGACAAAGAUGCCCCAGAUAUUUAAAACAUGGAGAAAAGGAGGGGAAAUUCGGGGGAAUUAUAUAUAUAUAUAUAUAUAUAUAUAAAAUGCGUGGAAUAAAACAUUCUGAUAACGUGCAUCUGACGCGAACAGAUUUAAUUAGUUAAAAAUCUAAAAACGCACAUCUAAUAUUUAAACGCAGGCUGCACACAUUUAGAAACAGUCAACAGGUUUGCUGCUGUUUGGCAGACAUACUGUGUCUGUCAUACUCAUGCUGCUCGUGCUUUUAUCUGCAAAUGAAGAGCGCGGCACGAUGAUCGGUGAUACUCGUCUUUCUAAAUAAUGGCGAAGAGCUGUCAACGUACAAAGUGCCUCCACUUAGCCGUGUAUUUUCACCAAUUUAUUGCUGGAAGAGGUUAAAUCGAGUGCCACGGGUUGAACCUUCUGAUACAAACUCCUCAUUUUGAUGGCAUCAAAGCAGUGCAUUGAGAGCUAUAGAAAACGGUGGUGAAUAAAAUGAGGCUUUUUUUUAUUCUUUGGGGUAAACACCGUUUUCAUUUUGAAUGCAUAUAGAUUCAGGGUGUAUUUUAUUCAGAUGGCAUAGCCUACUUUAUCAUAAUUUAAAAUGUUAUGGAGAAAAAUGAACUUAUUUGGCCUGCUCGUUUCUUUGUUUGGUGAUAUUCGACGGACAUGGACAGAAAUAUUUGCUGGAAUUAUCUGGAACGAGAGAGGGGAUUAUCGACCUUUCUAAACGAUCGAUUUAUCGAUGUGAUGGGGAUUUAAGCUGAUUGCCUUUGAAUUGAUUUGCCUUGAUGGGUUAAAUAAUUACAGCAUUUGAACGAAAGCCAUAUUUUUCAUUUCACUCAUUGUUUUCAUAGACAAUGCAUAGUAAAAUAAAAAUACUUCAUACUAGAUUCUUUACAAUAUUAAUCUGCAAAAUAAUAAUACUAACCUUAAAUGAACUGCACGAAAAUGCAAUUUUUUUUCUGCGUAAAAUAUAAAUGUAAUUUGAAGGGUUUUGCACAUCUUUAACCCCCUUGUAUCAAAACAAGCAAACUUUUUUUACAAAAGCAUUGCAGUCUCCUGAAGAAAACAAAAUAUCUGGACCAUGGAAACGAUUCUUGUUAAAUUAUAUUAAAUGUCCUAAAAAAAAAUUCCAGCAGCCUUAAAAUCGAAGUGUGUUAAACAAACAAUAUAAAGGCGAAUAAAAUUGAUUGAAAUAAACGCUCCCCCAGAGGGCUUGUUUUAAAUAUUUCUGGAAGUAUUUAUGUGACUUAGGUCUACUGAAAACAUAUCAUCUCGCUAUAUUAGGAAACUUAUAUGCACGAAGCACGACUUGCCUGAGCCUGCUAAUAUAUGCAGUUACUCCAGAGUUCACCUUUCACCUCUUGACCUCUGUUUUGCCUCGAGACAGCAGUGACCCGGUCAGUAUCUUCACAACUUCUUUCAAUUUUUAAAAUGUUUAUUGGCUUCU